AUGAAUACAACAAGUACAAUGAACACAAAAUCACUCAACUUUUAUGAGCCGUAUGAAAUUGAUGGUCAGAAGUAUAUUACUAUGGCAAAAAAGGAUGAUCUUGGAGCAUAUGAGCCUGGCCUAACGCAAGAAGCAUUCACAGCCAGAGACAAGUCGGAUUAUGCCGACAUUACGCAAAAGCUAGAAAAAUACGGCGUUUGCGUAAUCCCAAACUUCAUAGAUCCCUCAAAGUGUGAUGAAAUACUGGAGGAAAUCGACCCGCAUUUCUAUAGGUACAGCUCAUGGCAGGGUUCGCCCUUUCCGAAGGAAACUACGGUCGUGACAAGGUCCGUACUCCACUCGCCCAUCAUCUUAAAGGAUGUUGUAUCCAACGGGUUGUUCUGUGACAUGGCAAGCCAUUUUCUAGACGAGCAAAAUUACUUCAUGACUGGAAAUGUCAUCAGAAAAUGUUCUAGUGGUAUUCAACUCAACUCUGGUAUUGUGUACAAGGUUGGGGCUGGCGCUGCAAACCAGGGCUAUCACCGAGAAGAUCACAUCCACCAUACUAUCCAUCAAGCAUGUGAACGAUUUCAAUACGGAAAGGAAACAUUAUUCGGGGUAGGUGUUGCUUUCACAGAUAUGAACAAACUCAACGGGGCUACCCGUGUAAUUGUUGGUUCCCACUUAUGGGGUCCAUACGAUUCCUGCGGCAACUUCGAUAAGAGGUUGGAAUUUCAUGUGGAGGCUGCAAAGGGCGAUGCUGUUUUAUUUUUGGGCAGCCUCUACCAUGCAGCCAGCGCGAAUCAAACUUUGAAGGAUAGAAUUGCUGGAUAUUUUUUCAUGUCUCAGGGCUAUUUAAAACAAGAAGAAAACCUUCACUUCGGAACAGAUCUUGAAUUUUUCAAGGAUAUGUCGCUGAACAAUUUGCAACUCUUGGGACUCAGGACUGGCGAGCCAUAUUGCGGGCAUAUAGACUAUAAGAGCCCAGGACAUCUUGCCAAUCCUGAGCUGUUUGAGAAUGAGAAUGAGACUGAGAAUGGAUAUUAUGGGGAGACUAUCAAAGUUACUUAUAAUGAUAAGUGA